CUGGACUCAGGCUUUUGAUGCAGCCACAAGAAGGAGGACCUCAUUAUCAUUUCUUGGAGUAAACACAUUUUCGUCAUCCGGAGUUUUUCUUUUUUCUUCACCAGAUUAGAAGAUCCGCGUCAUUUCGAGCCGAGCGCGCAUUCCUCAGCAGGAUUUGCGCAUCUCCAAUUCCAAAAAAAUUGCCUCUUGCUUGCGCUCAUAAUAAAGAGCGCUGUUUCCUAGAUUUGUUGUUUUUUAUUUAAUUUUUUUGGCUCAGGGAAAGCCUUCACAGUCAUGACCGAGCGACUGGUGGCGACGCUUUUCAUCUGAUAUUGUCUUUUUCGUGUAUUUCGAGAGAAAGAAAGACGAUGGAACAGCAGCAGCUCUCCAAACCAGAAUGCAGGAACAUGGAUGCGUGUCUGAGGCGACUGAAGCAAGAACUGCUGUGUAUGAAGGAAGCUGGAGAUGGCCUCCACGCCCAGAUGAAUUCGAUGAUGGGCGCCCUCCAAGAGCUCAAGCUCCUUCAGGUCCAGACUGCGUUAGAAAGCCUCGACAUUUCCGGGCGGCCUAUUAACCGAGGAAUCCCACAUCCCGCUGCAGCGGCUCCUCCCGAACCAACUGCUGCCGCGGCGUCGGCCUCAGGAAGCGCCCACGAGUUCAGACAAACUAUGCCUCAAGAGUCAAGUCCAGCGCCAAGUCCAAGGCUGUCGCUGGGAAGCAGAAGCUCCUUCAGUCAAGAUGACUGCAGCGCAUCCAGGAACAGGAGCAGUCUGGGAACCUCCUCUUCCUCAACGUCCAGUCUGGAGAGUGAGAGUGAAAGUGAACGAAGCGCAAAGAGUGCAAGAAGUGAGAACGAUCUCGAAUCUAUCCCCAGGAGGUGGUCCGGAUACAUGGCCCCGCAGGUGGAUUUCUGUGGACCAGUGGUGGGGAACCCUCCACCGGAGCCUUACCCUCACCCGCAGGCUCCUCCUCGUGCACAGGUCGUUGACCUGCCAGGGAUCCUGUACAGUCUGUCCAGGGAGGGGCCCUCCAUGGACAGCGACUACUCCCAGGACAGCGCAGACGAUGCCAGCGACUGGACGUCUUCACUCAUGAGCCGCAGCCGCAACCGUCAGCCCUUAGUGCUGGGUGACAAUGUGUUUGCGGACCUGGUGGGAAACUGGCUGGAUCUGCCCGAGGUGGAGAGGGAGGAAGGAGAGGAAGACGAGAGAAGGAGAGAGGAUAGGACAGGAGACAGUGGUAUGGACAGACCGGACACUCCAGCUCAUCCUCUUCGCCUCAGCCGCUCACAAGAGAUCUGCAGGAAAUUCUCUCUCACCACAAACAUCUUCAAAAAGUUCCUGCGCAGUGUGCGGCCCGACAGGGACAAGCUGCUCAAGGAGAGGCCCGGCUGGAUGGCUCCGGAACUGUCAGAGGGCGACCUCUUCAAGAGGCCCAAAAAAGUGGCCCCGAAAAGUUCGAAAGGCAGCUUUUACUUGCCCUUCUGGGCAAACGGACAGCAGGGCAAAGGCAGGCCGGGCCUGCACCUGGCUGAGACCGAGAAGAACCUCCAUCACCAUCAUCAGCAACACCAUCAACAAUUGCCCCAAUUCCACCAGCAGCCGUUUGCAGGGAUCUAUUUAGACAGGAGGCAGCCAGAGACGGGCCUGCAGAAAAUGCCUCCCUUGUUUGACUACAACACAGCUGUGUGGGUUUGACAGUGAGUCUCGAGCCAACAGACUGCCAAGGAUGCCAGAUUGAGCGUAUGACAGGUGCAAGGGGAUUUGGGCUGCGAGAGAGGGGACUGAGUGAAUGAAUAAAUGAAUGAAUGACGGAUGAACAAACAAGAUGCUCGGAUGCCGUUAUCUUCCAAAAAUGAACUGAUAAACUUCUCAUCCGCCAUGUUCCUCCUGCGACAGAGAGAUUAUCAGGGCAACGUUUUCUCUGACAAUCCGAAAACCUGAACCUCGUUUUCUGCAUGUGUUUGUGUGUGUGUUUGUGUGUGUGUUUGUGUGUGUGUGUGUGUGUGUGUGUGUGUGUGUGUGUGUGUGUGUGUGUGUGUGUGUGUGUGUGUGUGUCUGUGUGGUGAAGAGCGUCGGAGACUUUUCCUGUAUGUACGCUGACUCUUUUGUAUUCUGUCGUCUCUACGUGUCUGCACGAAUGAGUGGAUUGUGUGGUUGUCUUAAAAGACGGUACAUCUUUCUCAGAAUUCCUCCACCAAUGAAGAUCUUUCUGAAAAACACAUUUUUUCCACAUCACUCCACCCGGACAUAUCUAAUGUCUCACUUUUUUGCAUCUCUGAAUUGUAACACCAGGUGUUGAACUGCAUGGUUACUGUUUUUUUUUCUUUUUUUAGUAAGUGAAGCUACCAACAGCUGUUAUCGAACGCACUGCCACUCAAAGUCCUAAGCUUCCUUUUUGUUUCCAAAAGGUUUUAACUCAUUGGAAACUCAGGUUUAACAGGACUCAUCUCAUUCACCUUGCUCAGGGAAUGAUUGAAGGUAAUAAAAAAACGAGACACUGCCGCAUUUCGAUGGACUUCAUAUCUUGUCUUGCCAGAGAUUUUCUUGCCCAGAAACAUAUCACAGCAAUAGUAACUCGUUCACAGGUUGAAUAUUAAACUUAGCACGAUGUGUUUGCUGUCAUGCCACGUGCACGUGGCGAAUGUCAAACCAACUGAAAGUCCUCUUGGGUUGCUGUGAGGGAGGAGGAGGCAGAGAGGGCACCGCCUGUUGCCGAGUGCUGACUAACUGUCAUCCAUCUGGUACGCAGACAUUUUGCAAAGCAUGCAUCUGUAAGGACAUGCUCCGUGGGCCUGUCUAAUCCCAAAAAAUGUUUUGAACGGAUUCAUGGAAACGAUGGUGUUACAUAUUGUAUAUACACGAGAGAAUAGAUUACGGGGCUUUAGCAGAAAUGGGAUGGAUGAGAGUGGAAGUAAAACCCAUAAUCUGUGUUGGACAGGCUGACUAAAUGUACAGACCAUUGUACAUAUCUGUCAUCGAACAAAAAGCAGCAAUAAGAAGCAUUCAUUGUGAUUUCCCAUGGCAUCAUUUCACUACUCUGCACUGAAUAAUACCACA